AUGCUCGCGAACCGAGAUAAUUACUUAACAUCUAUCAAUGGAGAUGAGAAUCUAUCCGCUAAUAUUUGCAAGGGCGAUAAGGUGCUUGUUAUUAAUUGCUUGGAAGAACUCUUAUGGAUGUUGCAAGCCAAACGAUCACUGCCCGCACCUUUCCGUGUGAAUGGUGGCUUGCUUGUGAGAGAUCCGUCUUCCUCAAAUCAUUAUGCCUAG